AUGACAGAGGCGAUCGGAGGAUGCGACUCGAGGCUGCGCAUUGGCUGGGAUUCGCUGGAGGAUCCGCAGUGGAUUCGCAGUGGAUUCGCAGUGGAUUCACGGUGGAUCUUCUGGUGCUCCCGGUUUUCCGUUCGGCUACGAGUUCGGCAAGCCGACGGCCGAGGUAGAGCAGUUGGGUUUUUUGCCGUAUGCAGUAGAGUUAUGCGGUGCUUCCACUGUACUUUCCUCCUCAAUCCAAUUGCUCUUCUGGACACAGGCAAGGACUACCGGGAAUCAUCGCCAUGGCUACAACAAUGGCAUCCGCCGACUCUGCGAAGACAGCCAGAGUUCAUCUAUCACUUCAACACUAUACUCAGCUCUCCGCGCAUCCAUAACACUUCCAUGGCAUCCCUACCCCCACCCCAUCCAUCGCUACCACCACGCCCUCCGUCACCCGAAGACGGCGGCAUCGUGAGAACUGACGAAGAGCCGGAUACCGAGCGACCGGACAGUCCUGCAGACACUACUCCCUCGGAGUCGGGGGACCCAAUGGACCUGGAUUCGGAACCGGAACCGCAACCGGAACCCUCUCCACUAACGCCAUCCUGCGUGCUCGACCUCAAGCUGACUCCAUGUCCGAUCCCUGACCAUGAACAUCCGGUGUCGAACGUGCCGGAUGUGGUCGUAUUAACGGCGGGUGCUGAGGCAUGCGAGCCUCCUCAUACAGCUUCCUCUGUCGAAGUUGACGAACGCAUCAAUGAGAAUUACGUGCCUGAUGUCGUUGUGCUAACGGCGGGUGCAGAGGGUGCAGAGGCAUGCGAGCCAUCUUAUGCAGAAUCCUCUCUCGAAAUCAACGAAAGCAUCAGCGAGAAUUACGUGCCGGAUGUGCUUGUGUUAACCGCGGGUCCGGUGCCGGAAGGCAACGAGGGCCCAACUUCUACCUACCCGGGCUUCGAUCAGGAGGAUGUGGCUGAUGUUGAAGAGUUGAGUAGGAUGUUUGAAGCUAUGAGCCCAUUCCACUAGUCACCGAGGACAUGGGCGGAGGGUGCGAUGUGUAUGAUCUGGGCAGUUCAUUGGGAUACUCAGAAUACAUUCCAGUUGUCUUCUACAUUCCAUCCCUCCAAAAUCGGCAGACCCACCGACGCCACUAGAAACAAAAACAAAAAGAAUGACCAGUCUGGGGCUCGAUCCCAGGACCUUAUCGGUGUUAACGAUACGUGAUAACCAACUACACCAACCAGCCAUUGAUGGAAAUGAAGUCCACUAUUGUCAUUAUAUCCCCGCUCCUCGA